AUGAGCUACCAAUAAUAGAAUUUAAGCUAAAGCAAUUACUAUAAUUCUUAGUACUCUAAUUUAUCCAAUAAUUAAAUGUAAGAUCUAUAUUCAACACACUCAGAUCCUUAUAACUACCCACCUAUGAAUAGAAAAGACUUAAUGAAUUUACAAACCAUUUAACCUUAUGAAAAUGGUUUUUAUCACAUUAAAAAUGAAACUGUAAGGGACUACAACUUGAACACAAAAGAUAUAAGGGGAGCAUAGCCAAAAUUCAAAAUUUAAGAACUAAAUAAACCUGAUUUAUUUAAUGUUAAUGAUAUUGAUGGAGCUGUACCAAGACCUCAUAUUUAAUUUACAUAAUACAAUAAAGUUAGUCACAUACUAGAUCAUGAUGAUAUAAAAGGCUCUCAUCCUAAUAUUAAUAAAUUUUAUACUAAGAGAGAACCUUUCAAUCCCUUAGAGCCAUAAUAUAAGUUGCAAGAAGCUUAGUAAAUAAUUACAGAUCCUCCAAAAUUCUUGAGAGACACACUAUACAUAGAUGAUAUUGAUGGCACGAGAGCAAAAAAAUAAGUAUUAGCAUAUGAUAAAAAUUUACCUGAAAUAGAAGGUGCAUAAUCUAAAAAAAAAUUCUUACCUAAAGACUACGUUGAUUCAUUAGAUGUAAGAGAUAUAAAUUUGAAAAAAUAGAUAGAAUUAUCUAGAUGUGUAAAUCCACUUAAUCCUACAUAUAAAUGGUAAUAUGAUGAAGCUAAUCUUUAAAGUUAGGUACUAGGGGCCGUUGAUGGAUCAAAUUCAAGAUAGCUUCAUAAAGAAUUGAAAUAUCCAUUUGAUAAAUAUUCUUCUACCGACAUUUAAGGUGCAUAAGCUAGCUCUUUGAUUAAAAAAUAUAACAUGAAUCAUAGAUAUGCCUACAGUAACUAAGAUAUAGAAGGAACACAGCCAGGUACUAAAAAGAUGGGUAUCUAAACCAAUAGAUGUCUUAAUCCUCUUCGUCCAGAUUAUCAAUUUUUAGGAAGAACAGAGGCUGAUAAUGCAUACGGUGGCUUUUAAUUUGAAAAUUAAAAAAAACAGAAUUAAAAUUACCCAAGAAGUUAAUUAGCUGCAUCAGCUUCAUAAAAUUUGAUUAGGACUAACUAGAAUGUUAUGCCAUAAAUUUAGCAAUAACUACCACUAUCCUAAAGCUAAUCUGUUUCCUAAAUCAAUCAUAGAGAAGUGAAUUAAAUCCAAGCUUCCUAGCAGUAACCAUUAAAUCAACUGAGACAAAAUUAAUAAUAUUAGUAGCAGUAAUAAUAAUAGUAGUAGUAAUAUAUCCCUUCUAAUGGCUAUAAUAAUUAAUAGCAACAGUUUUAAGACUAUGACAAUUAAUAGUAUAAUUAGCAAAUAGAUUAUUAAUUACAACAAAAUUAAAUUCCCUAAGUGUAUUACUAAAGUUAGAAUAACAAUUAGUAAGGUUAUUAGAAUAAUAAUUAUUAAGUAAAUUAGAAUAACAACUUAUAAGCAAAUUAAAAUUACAACUAAUAAGGAAAUCAUCAAAUUAACUAGUAAAAUUAACAAGCUUAUUAAGUUUAGAAUGGUCAAUAUUAUAAUUGA